UUGGAAAGUGCUGAUCGGGGAACAAAUACCGAGGUCGUUUCUAACCUUUUCUACUUUCGCCUCACCUCUCCUUUGUCAUCAUCACUGACCUUGCUGGAGUAACUCGACACCCUUUCUGCGACGUCGUUGAAUAUCGACAUCUUUGGACGCCCUAAGGUAUUGCAAGUGUUUCCACUACGAUGGCCUCGCCACCCAAACCCUGGGAGCGUGCCGGCGCGACAGGUACAAACCUUGCUGCGCCAACAGCGACGACAACUGGUGCAUCCAUACCGACGACUUCCGCCUCGAACGCAAUGUCGGCCCCAGCAUCAGUCAACGCAGCCACCAAUUCUUCAACAGGCACGCCAGCUAUUCCUCCUCGCCCCGACUCUCUAAACUCGACCGUGAACCAGAACGCGUCAGCGUACAGCCGAACUCCGUAUAACUCUGCCUACAGCCCAUAUUCAUCACCGUAUUCUAGGUAUGGCGGUUAUGGUGGUGGGAUGUAUGGCAGCUAUGGUGGAAUGGGCGGUAUGGGCGGUUACGGUGGCUAUGGAGGUAUGAUGGGCGGUAUGGGUGGCAUGUACGGCGGCAUGCCGGGGAUGAUGCAAGGCGACCCCAACAAUCCCAAUAGCUUGACGAACAGUUUCAGCAACAGCACUCAGGCUACUUUCCAGAUGCUCGAAGGAAUUGUUGGUACCUUUAGUGGAUUCGCGCAGAUGCUUGAGAGCACAUACAUGGCAACCCAUUCAAGUUUCUUUGCCAUGGUGUCUGUAGCUGAACAAUUCAGCAACCUGCGCCAGACCCUAGGAUCCGUUCUCGGCAUUUUCACCAUGAUGCGAUGGCUGCGCACGUUAUUUGCCAAGGUAACCGGACGACCACCUCCCGUUGACGCAAUGGCACUCACCCCGGCAUCCUUCGCAAAGUUCGAGGGACGUAACACGCCCUCUAGUCCCCACGGUGCUCAACCGAAGCCCAGCAGAAAGCCCCUCAUAUUUUUCCUUGUGGCGGCUUUUGGAUUGCCGUAUCUUAUGAACAAGGCAAUCCGAUCCAUCGCAGCCAACAGCGAGCAGGAUGAGCGUAAGCGCAUGGAGGUCUCAGGUCAGAACGCAUCUAUGGACCCCAGUAAACUCGAGUUUUGCCGCGUGCUGUACGACUUCACCCCCGAAGCCGGUAAUGCCACCCAGGGCGUCGAUCUUGCCGUCAAGAAGGGAGAUUUCAUUGCGGUCUUGAGUAAGAGUGAUCCUCUCGGCAACCCAAGUGAGUGGUGGCGCUGCCGGGCUAGGGAUGGACGCCUCGGAUACCUCCCCGCGACAUUCUUAGAAGUGGCCAAACGACCUGGUCAAGCCGUUGCCGCGAUCAAGGCAGGCCCGGCUGAGUCGGUGGUAUCUUUAUCUGACAUUACGGAGCGAGAGGCUCCCACAGUAACUAGCAAAGCAGGCGACAUUUCUCCUGAAAGCUUCCAGAAGUCGCACUUCUACUCGUAGAAGAGUACAGGUGUACAAAAAGGUCGGGCCAUGCCAGCGAACCUCCCCGGAAAGAUUCGUACGUCUCCCGUUGGCGAUGUCGAAAUCCGAUCUUAGGAGGAUUGUGGCCCAGGGUUGACAACCAAAAUUAGCGAGGGAGAUUCAGUGCCAACAUUCAAUGAACUUUGGGACUUAGCGGUCAAGAAGGCUGCUCUGCCGUCGGGAUUUACUGGGAGUGAACCAUCGGAGGAACAAGAACAACAGACCUUUCCUGACGAGAAAGACGAUCCUUACGAAAGCCCCAUCACCAAUACGGAUAUUCCAAACCCAGGCCAUCUAAAUCAAAU